UAAGGUAGUUAUGGGCAGUUAAUUAUGGUAAUUGAUGUGGUAAUUAUAUUAGAUUUAAUCAAGUAACCCUGAAAGAUGCCGCGAUAAUUUACCUUCCCCUCACUAACGCCCGACGCUGGUCCCCAUCACGCCGCCCGGCGCGUCUGGCUACGAGGCUUGCACGGCGCCAGCGUCCGCCGCGCCACCGACGACAUCGGGCGCAUUCCGGACCCUGGCGCUGCCAUCCGCUGCUGGGGCUACCGUGGUAUACGAACUCUUCUCAGCCUUUAAAUCUGAACCUGACCUCUUCUAUGCGCUUAAUGCCGAUGAUCCAAGCUACUCUGUUAUGAUCGCUGCCACGGACUUCGCGGACUGUGCUAGAAAGGCUGCUCUUGAAGAUGCGGCAGGAUUCAAGUUUGAUGGCGAUCAAUGUAUCCUGCAUCCGCAGCUGAAAGCAAGCGUUUGUAGAUGUCGUUUCGCGUCGUGGCUACCCUCUAAAACAUAUUUAAAACAAGAGUACAUAGUGUCUGGCCCCAUCGACCCACUUGUCGACGAUCCAAGGAAGCUGAACAUCAUUGCUCUGCAUGCAUAUCAGGAGAUAAAAAUUAGCACCAACUUCGUACACGACUUUCCGGACCCAAACUUAGAUCCUUCAUCAAAUCUUAGAUUACCGCCAGCUCCAGGGAAAUCUACCGUGGAAAAGACAGAGGGUAUCGCGUUUGUGUUCGUACAAGCUGCCACGGACUUCGAUUACUGCAUGACAGCGGACCCUUGCGGCUUCAUUGUUCAAGAGCCUAUAGAGCGCAUAGCUCCUGCACCCAUCAUCCUGCGUUAG